ACGAACAUGGUAGAGAGAGAGAAACAAAAAAAAAAAAAAGAAUUGAUUUUUCAUAAAGCAAAAGAAUAAUAUUGAUACAUAAAUUUUGAGACUUUGUUUGUAUUUGGCACUUCACAGUACACACACUACAACACCCAAUGAAAUAAAACAAAACAAGCACACAGCCAGAGAGAGAGAGAGAGAGAGAGAGAACCAGAGGAAGUAGAAGAAGAAGAAGCUGAAGAAAGAGAAGAGAUCUUGUGAGAUCAGGCUUCAACUGUAACACCCUUUUGUCACAUUCUUAGCUGAUUCUGCAUCAUGGGGAGAGAAGUUUCAGAAACACAGGUUGUGGACAAGAAGCCAAAUGGCGUAAUAGCCGCUUCAAAUGGUGAUUCUAAUGAUAAAGCACACAUUUCUUCUAAAAUUGCAGCAGUUAAGGCUGAAGCAAAGGAUCAUGAGGUAAAGGAAUGUACCAAAGACAACGAUUUUGUUGAGAAGUGCCAUGAGAAGAAGGAUGUUCUGAGCGCCAAAACCACAAACUGUAAUACUGACUUACCUGAGAAGGAGAUCGAGAAAUCUGAAGUGCAGAAAUUGGAUGACAGUAAAAAGUUAACCUCGCCUGCUGCAAGAAAAGAGCAUACAAAUCACUCUGUUUCUCAGCCAUCUGAUUUGGUUACUGAAAGGCAAGGAUCCUACACACAGAUUGUUGAUACUAAAGCUGUUGCAACAGGUCUGAACUUGUCACCAAAUGCUAACAGCAUGCAGUCACCUUACUCAUCAAAGAACUCGCAGCCAAACACACCAUUUUCAUCAAGUAAGCCCUUGCAACUUGAUGAUAAGAAGAACUAUGAUGAUGAAGAUAACUGGUCUCUUGCUUCCUCUGCUUUUUCUAUGCGCACUGCUAGAUCUAAGGUAACUCAGGGUUCAGCCCCUACAUUUAAAUGCUCAGCACGCGCAGAGAAACGGAAAGAGUAUUAUCUGAAAUUAGAGGAGAAAAAACAAGCUCUUCAAGAAGAAAAAAACCAGUAUGAGGCAAGGCAAAAGGAAGAGCAAGAAGCAGCCAUCAAGCAGUUGAGAAAGAACUUGGUGAUUAGAGCAAAACCAGUACCAAACUUCUACUAUGAGGCACCUCCACCAAAGGCUGAACUCAAGAAGCUGCCACUGACUCGCCCCAAGUCACCAAAACUAAACAACCGGAGGAGGAGUCAUGGUGAUGCUGUGAACUCAAUCUCUCCUGAAGUUUGUAGCCGAGCACGUCAUAGCACUGGUAGCCGAAUCAGAGGCGGUUCUAACACUCCUCUCACUCAAAGAAACAAGGACCAGGCCAUUCGGCACAGUAGCAAUGGCAGUUGCAAAACCAAAGAACGAUCAAAAGUGGAUACCGCAACAAAAACAGCUCCUCCCCAGAUCACUGAGCUCCCAAACGCAGCAGACAUAUCAGUCCAAUCGUACUGACCCGCCACUUGAGAGGAAAAUACCCCCAUUUUCUUUUCAUUCGGACUGACUCUUCUGAUUUGUGUUAACUUGCGGUGUAUAUGGUUUUUGUAAGUUAUAUCAGCACACAUCAUAUUCUUAUGUAAUGGUCGUCAUUGAUGUAAUAUGUAAUGUACCAGAUUGUGAUGUUCCCCCAAACUAGUUCCCUGGAUUUGACAAAUGUUGUGACAUAUAUAUGUAGGAGUAGUAGCGUUUGGGAUGUUAUACGGUUUAAUCUUCAGUGUUAAAUUGGUGUUUUUGGGGGAACGUAUUAUGAUUAUGUAAUGCACAUUUUUGUUGCAGAUUUAAGCUUGCAUUUUAACA